UAUACUUCUUUGAAAAAUUUGUUUUCAUAUUGCAUACUAAAAUAAGUUUACGAAAAUGUACGCUAUGUUUUCUGAUCGUUAUAACGUAUAACAUUGUGAGACUAUGUGAAACCCCUACAUUCCAUAUAACAAAGUUCUACAUUCCAUUUGAUUCCUUCAGUUUCCAGUAUAUAAAUAAAGAAGCAAUCAAUUUAACGGAUUAARGCAUUGUAUGCACAGUAUUUUUGAGUUAUGCCACUUGUGAAGAAAAAUUAUCCAAAUUCAACCAAAACUGUUCAAGCCACUAGGUACAAGUUGCUGGAGUAUAAAUCUUCGGUUGCACYCGUACAGAGCUCUUCCUUACUUGUUUUAUUAUAUACACACAAAUUUAUUCGCAUAUAUAUGUAUUUCCUUUUAGGUUAAUGUGGAUGUAUAAACUGACUUGCGAGGGAAUGAUAAUUCUUUGCCAAGAACUUGUCUUCACGAUAAAUACCAAAAUACUACAUUUAUAUGUAAAUACAUAUGCUAGAGACUUAUAUGCAUAUUUUUAUUCCGGCAAGUUGCUCUAAAUCGCAUAUGUAUGGUAUAAAUACGCACAAAUAGGUAGACAGAAUGUAUGUGUAUGCAAGUCACUAAAAGUUCCUUUUCCAUGCGGUUUUUAAAUUAAGAGAUUAUUUCGCCUAAUAAAUAACAGACAUGUAUUAAGUAUCUACACACAUAUAUGCAUAUAUGUACAUAUACAUAUGUACAUGCAAAUUCGAUUGCACCGAUUUUUCAUAUUGAGAUAACUAAAAAGCGAAAUGAAAAUUAUUUAUGAGCUAUUUGGCUGUCUGUACGUUAACAAUUGCGCUUCGCCAUUAUUUACAAAUAAACCUACAUUUGUAUGCGCCCACAAAAAACCCACAAUGUAUAAUAUACAAUAUAAAUACCUACUAAAAAGUAAUCUUAAUUAAUUUGCUUUAUUUUUCCUUUUCUUAACACGAGCCAAGCCACUAAGUUAGAGAGUGAAAUAUUUUUAGCUGUGAAGAGGAGAGUGUGGUCAAAAAACACAAAAACAAAAAAUAAAAACAAAAUCAAWAUUCGAACGCACCAAAAAGUCGUUGUUGAAUUUUCUUCGAUUUUCAUUUGUUUUUAUUGAUUUUUGCAUUAUUUAAUGUCUCGUUGUAUAAUUCAUAUGCCAAUUAGAUUACAAGUUGUUAUCAUUAGCGAAUGCAUUAAGCAUUAACUUGCUCAUAAUUUGAUAAUUUUUUUUCAGUUUAUAUAAGCAUGCAUCUGUUUGARGAGUGAUUUCUCAAAACAAGCGCAGUUUUAGAUCGUGAUUCUGGUUAAGGCCAAUGAACGGUCCCGGCGAUAUUCCUUUGAAUGAGAACAGUGGCACCCCUGACCCAAAAUCCUGCAGUAUAAUAUCUGUAAUUCCUACAUUAGGCAUGUCAUCAUGUCGUGGUAGAGCCGAGGCUUUUGCACGUAGUUUAUCAUCGAAGUUACGUACAUUGGGCACACAGAAUGACGAUGGCGAAUUAUCGCCUGAGGAAGUGUCGAUAAUUAAUGAAAAUAACACAACCAAUACAUGGAAAACCACAAAUGAAUCCGCGCAGGCGGUGACGGACUUACAACCGCUGCGCCAUGAAUCCGAUUCGUUCUUUGAUUUUGACUGUGAGCUGGAAAGUCCAGGUAGCCCUGUGGAUGAGUGUGAAUAUUUGCGACUAAUAGAGACAGCAUCGAAUACACCACACAAUUCGGCGGCAGAGUCGGGAUGUGUUUGUGCGUCGACCUCGAGUAGUCGCGGUUCCACAGAUGUGCAGUACUUUGAUCAUAUACACAAUGAUCAAACGAUAAAUGCCGCACCUGAAUUUUCGCCUACACUACACAACGGCUAUGGCGCGAAUGACCAAGUCCAUGACCACCAUGAUAACGCGUCUACAGAAAACAGCAAGAAUGAGGACGAUGUCGACAAUGCAGCGGUUGCAAAUAAGGAACUAUCCCAAGAACCUUUGGUGGAGGUGCAGAAACAUGAUGAAACUUUAACACCUGUGGAUUUGGCAAAUAUACAAGAUGAUAUUAUCAACGAACUGCAAGAACAUAGYGCACGCAUUGGAAAUAUUAUUGAAUCCAUGCAAAUUCAAGCAAAUAGCGAAAACAACAAUACUGCUUCCAAAACUUUGCAUACUAAUCUCUCUAACGGUGACACUGAAACUGAUGCACACAGAAAUCUUGACAAUAUAGAACAAUUGCAUACACAAACGACUGAAACUAGCAAUACGGAAAAAACCGCCCAAACCGAAGUACAAAUAGGGUUAGACACAAACGAGUCGACCCGUACAAGCACUCAGGAACCAACUGAAACUAAACAACUGCACAACAAAACCAAAGAUGAGAAAUCCACAUUCGAUGGACACGAAGAGGAUGAAGACGAUUGUCGGCCGCAACGUGUGCGCCGCUGCUCAUCACUGAAAACCGGUAAAACACCACCGGGUACACCAGGUCGCAAGAAAAUUGUGCGUUUCGCAGAUGUACUAGGUCUCGAUUUGGCCGAUAUCAAAACGUUUCUCGACGAAAUACCAACCAUACCGAAAUCUGCAUUUGAAGAUUUGGAAGUGUUGGAAUCGGAACCGCCCAUACAGCUCGGACCGAAAUCUGAUAAGUUACUCAUGCCGCUCUUUCAACAGCCCGGUGGACUGCCGAACUUUUUAGAUCUUGUACGCGAAAAACAAGUUUCAUUGGAGAACGCCGCAGUAACGGAUCACAUCAAUCAGACGAUUACCGGAACUGUGCGUGUACGCAAUUUGGACUUCAACAAGUCAGUGCACAUACGUUAUACGCUGGAUAAUUGGCGCAGCUAUGCCGAUCUGCAGGCAAACUAUGCUGAAAACUCUUGUGACGGCUUUUCAGAUAAAUUUACCUUCUAUCUUUUUGGUAAUUCUUUGCAAAUUGGUCAGCGUAUUGAGUUUGCUUGUCGUUUUCAAUGUAAAGGCCAACAGUUUUGGGAUAACAACUAUGGAACUAAUUACUGCUUCCAAUGCUUGCCAGCGUCAAGUCCUGCUAGUGCCACCACGCAUCCAAUACACGUGCACACGACUACAAGUCACACAGCUGGGUUGUUCAGCCCCACGGUCGGUGAUGCAUGGUGUAGCUCCUUCUACUAGGCACCUGAGACAUAUUGAGAGAAAAAUGUUAAAAAACCAAAUACAUAUAUAUAUAUAUAUACAUACAAUGUUAUUAAUACUGUGAAGCUGCAUGCAAAGAAACACACACACACACAAGUACACGAAUAUACAGAAACACACAUAUAUACACUUAGUUAAAAAAUCAGGGAAAAUACUCUCAAGAAUCCUACUAACUUUCCACCUACAUACAUAUAACAAGUGAAUCCACCCUUACAAAGCCAAAGAACAAGCAAAAUCACGAACGCUACAUUCAUAUAAACUUAUUAUAUGUAUGGAAUUAUGUAUAUUUUUUGUAAAUAUUAACACAAUAUAAAUCUACGCACAUGCACUAGUAUAUGCACACAUACAUAAAUACAUAGAUACGAACUAGAAAGCAUAUUCUGUAUUGGCGAACAGAUGCCUAAAGACUAAAUAAUUUUAGCAAUUUACAACAACAACAAACUACAGCCGGUUAGCAGCCUUUAAUAUACUCUGCCAUAUAUGUGCAUACAUAUGUAUUUAUAUGAAUGUGCCUAUCGAGUUAUUAGCUAAUAAACAUAUGAAUUUUCCUAUAUACAUAUACAUACACAUGUGUUUGUAUGUGUGCAUGUACAUACGUGCGUAAUAGCGAAAAAAAUUUAUCAAAGAAAAUCUUUUUGAAAGAGAAAGUUUAAAAUUACACCUACACAGACAAAUAUAGUGAAAUGUGGAGCUGUUAGAAAAAUCUCCCUACAAAUGUUGCCGUUUUGUAUAACAAAGAUAACAAAAAAGUGAUCAAUAAAAUUAAAACUAAAGUAAAACUAA